UUGUAAAAGGCAUGCAAUCCCUACAAACAUUCCCGGUGACUUCAGAACCGAAGAGGUGGUCAUAUGUACGGGAGAACGACACACGCUCUAACAGCCUACUUUCAUUUCGAGGCAACAGCGCUGCAGCUCAGCCCGGGAACCGCUCUGCUGGCCGUGCUCUUACCGCACAGGGAAAACAUGAACUAUAACAGAUGGAUUAAUACUUAUCCGAGAUUGGCAUAAUUUUUCUCCACAUAUCACAUUAAACGAGGGCGAAUUGUAUACUUUUUUUUUUUUUUUUACUAUUAUUUUUGAGUUGAUAGGUAGCCUAGACUAAGUUGCAUCCUGUGGAAAGCUCACUUGCUCACUAUGGACAGAUAUCUAAGUAGAAAGAGGAUAUCGUCUUGUUAAAUUAUACGACUUUUUUGAUUGGCUCCCGAUAAAAGUGUGACUGCAGCCUCCGCGGCAAUUUUGAAAAAGACAUUUCGAUUACAUAAUGGACCGUUUUUUAAUGUUAGUUUUAGUGUUUUUUUCCGUUGCACUUGUGCGAAUGUGUGACUGUCAGAAAGAAUCAGCAGAUGGCAUGCAGGAUGGUGUAGGCGCCCGAGCGAUGUGGGACCAGCUACUGUCUCAAGCGAGAAGCCAAGGUCAUUCCACGCGGAGACCCGAGGACGCUGUCCCCGCCAAACCGUCCAGUGAAAGUUCCUCGGUGUCUUCUCACAACGCAGCAGUGGCCAUACCACCUAGAGGUGACGGAAGUGCACCUGAAGUGCACCGCGCUCGCAUGGCGGGUGAUGCCACACUAGCUCGCGGUGCGGUCCGAACACCUAGACAACUUGGCACCCACCAGUCAUCACCGCCCAGACCCAGAAUCGGUUCCAGACAGGCUAACAAACACAGUUCAUCAAAGACUAGGCGUCUUGUCGGGCCCAACGUGUGCGGAGGCCAGCAGUGCUGCUCCGGCUGGGCGCAGGCUGCAGGGACGAGUCGCUGCAUCAAGCCUGACUGCCAGCCCCCCUGCCAGAACCGGGGCUCCUGCAGCAGGCCCCACACCUGCGUCUGUCGCUCGGGCUUCCAGGGGAGCCGCUGUGAGGAAGUGGCCCCAGAGCAGGUGUACAUCCACUCAGGUGGGGCCCUGAGGCGGGUGGAGCCCGGAGCACAGCCCUUCCAGAGGGAGCAGCCUCGGAGGAGAGCCCAGGACAGGCAGGCUGGAGAGCACCAGGGCCCUGGGGCCCACACGCCCAGACCAGCCACCACCAGACAGCCUCUCCACGCUGUGACCCAAGUGAGACCAGGAAUCGCAGACUCCUCCCCCCAGCAGACCGGAACGUCUCGCACCGUCAAGCGUUACCCAUCAUCUACAUGGCCCAUCACCUCCAACGCUCUGCCCAGUGGGAAGGGGUCCAGGAGUGGGCAUGGCCAGAGCAGCCCCAGAGCCUCCAGCGACAGGCGGCUCCAGGGCCAGUCCAAUGCUCUGUCUCCCGCAGGGGCCAACCUCACGUCCAGCUUGGACCGCAUCAAGAUCGUGUUCACGCCCACGCUGUGUCGCCGGGUGUGUCGCGGCGGACGCUGCUCCAGCAGCUGUGAGAAAGGAGACGUGACCACGGUCUACAGCGAGAACCACCACCAGCAGCAGCAGCAGCCCAAGACCCAGGGCUUCCGACUCUGUGAGUGCUACAUCAACGAGUGUGAGGACAUCAGCGACAAGGUGUCCCUGUGUGAGAAUGGGCUGUGUACCAACACCGAGGGCUCCUACAGGUGCUCCUGCCUGCCUGGCUUCCAGGCCUCUGCCAAGCCUCACCACUGCAUCCCAGAGAUCCCCGAGAUCGGACGCAGGGAGGCGGGAAACUGA